ACGGAAUUGAAACGUCCACAUGUCGGUAGUAGCAGUAGAUGGAUAAAACCUGGAAUCUAAAACUCAGUGACGCGAUCAAAAGCUUAACUCUCAGAGUUUAAAUAGGCAAAGCUCCUCUUCGCUACUGUUUACUGAUAACUGCACAGAAACUAGAUUGACUCUCUCUAUAUCAAAGAAAAGAAAAAAAAAAAAAAGGUCGCCAAAAUCUAGGGAUUUUGUUUUUGUUAUUUUCUGUUAACCGAGAAUAAGUAAUUGACUAGCAUUUGAGUGUGUUGGAAGGAAUGCAGUCUAAGUCUGAAGGUGGAAGUCGAUCAGAACCUGAUCCGCAUGGUGUUCCUACAACUGCAGUUUAUGCUGAACCUUGGUGGCGUAAUAUCGGUUAUGGUGCCAUCUCCCCUUGUGUAAGAGGAGGAAAUGCAUCUAAUUCAUCUUCAAUGGAAGGCCCUAAUGGUUCAGAGUCGAAUGAUGGGCAGUCACUAUCUAAUGGGUUAAAUGAAGACAAUGAUGUUAAUAAAGAAAGCCAAACUACUGCUUCCUCUCGUUCAGUUGGAAAUGGUGGACAAGAACAUCACAAUUUGCAGCAUUUUACAUCUACCAUGCCUGCUAUGCGUGACGAAUGCCUCACACAGCAACCUCUGCUUGAGCUUGUUGGCCAUUCAAUUGCAUGUGCAUCAAAUCCUUAUCAAGAUCCGUUUUAUGGAGGAAUGAUGGCAGCAUACGGACAUCAACCUUUGGGUUAUCCUCCAUUUGUUGGAAUGCCUCAUGCAAGAAUGGCUUUGCCGAUUGAGAUGGCACAAGAACCUGUUUAUGUUAAUGCCAAACAGUACCAGGGAAUUCUGAGGCGAAGGCAAGCCCGUGCCAAAGCAGAACUUGAGAAGAAGGUUGUAAAAGCCCGAAAGCCAUACCUUCAUGAAUCUAGGCACCAGCAUGCCAUACGGAGGGCAAGAGGUAGUGGUGGACGUUUUGCUAAGAAAACAGAUGCUGAUACUUCUAAACACAUGGCAGAAGAAAAAGGAACAGGUUCAGGUCCUGCCCUAUCAUCUCAGUCUGCAAGUUCGUCUGGUUCAGAACAAUUGCCAGCUGAUUCUGCUGAAACCUGGAACUCCUUACUCACCCAGCAAGAAGCAAGAGGUACCCGUUUGCAUGACACGCAUCAUGUCAAUGGCAGCGGUCCUUAUCAGAAACGAGGUGGUAGCAUCUCCUCUAACCAGACUUCACAUAGGCCUCUUGCUACCCAGUGAAUGAAGAACUCCCUUUCAAAAGCUGAAG